ACCCUAAGAAAAUUGAGAGAGAUGGGAACUCCGGAAACCUCACGGGAGCCGUGCCCGGACCGAAUCCUCGACGACGUCGGCGGCGCGUUCGGCAUGGGCGCCGUGGGAGGAGGCGCGUGGCACUUUAUGAAAGGGAUCUACAACUCGCCGAGCGGGACGCGUCUCGCCGGCGGCGCGCAAGCCGUCCGGAUGAACUCGCCGCGGGUCGGCGGAAGCUUCGCCGUGUGGGGCGGCCUGUUCUCGACCUUCGACUGCACGAUGGUGUACCUGCGGCAGAAAGAGGACCCCUGGAACUCGAUCAUCUCCGGCGCGGCCACCGGAGGCUUCCUCGCGAUGCGGCAGGGGAUGGGCGCGUCGGCGAGGUCGGCCGCCAUGGGAGGAGUGCUGCUGGCGCUGAUCGAAGGCGCCGGGAUCAUGCUGAACAAGUUCAUGGAGCAUCAGCAGAACUCUGCGAUGGAGGAGGCUGCGGUGGCGGCGCAAAUGGCCGGAAUGCCGGGGAUGCCGCCGCCGAUGGGUGAGGCGGCGGAGGCGGAAGGAAGCUCUGGGGUCAACUCGUGGUUGGGAGGGUUGUUUGGGAAGAAAGAGCCUGAGGCUGCAACGAGCAGCGGGAGCGAGACGAAGGUUCUGGAGAGCUUUGAUGCGCCUCCGGUGCCGAGUUUUGAGUUCAAGUGAUUGCAUACAGGGGCAAUAGGGAAGCAGAUAAAAGAUGGAGUGAUCUUAAUGG